AUGUCUGAAGUUUUCAAUAGUUAUGAAGUGGAAUUUGAAAAAUAUUAACAAUAAGUCUGUUCAUUAAUUCGAUAGAUAUAAAUUAAUAAAUCAGAUGAAGCUUUAACUGAGAUAGAGUCAACUUUUAGUGAUUUGCAGAAUUGUUUACAAUAAAUGGAUAUAGAGUCAGCCAGUAUUGCAGUCUCAGACAGACAAGAGUUAAAGAACAAAGUGAAAAGAUAUAAAUCAGAGUCUGAAGCAUUAAAAAAAUAAUUUAGAAUAUUACAAGAUGACAUCUCAUCCCAAAAAACUAAGGAUUCCUUAUUUGGUGAAUAAGAUAAUCAACAGAUACAAUUUAUAAAUACCCAAGAUAAAUUAGUCAAACAAACAUUGUAGUUGGAAGAUGCAAAGAAAGUGUGCUUUGAAAUAGAAUCUAUUUCUAACAAUAUCCAAGUUCAAUUGAAAGGAUAAUCCGAAACCUUGGAUAGGAAUAUCAAUAAAAUGCCAGAAAUUUAAUAUGACUUGGGAGAAUCCAAUAGUCGAUUAUCAAGAAUCUAAUCAAAGAUGAGAUAACAUAAAGUAAUUUUCUUAAUUGUUUUUGCUAUUUUUUUGACUGGUAUUUCAAUUGUGUUAGUUUAUAAAUAUGCUUGA